AUGCCUACUCUGAGGCAGCUGAGAUGUGAAGUUGAGUGGGGUAAUACCCAAACUCCCUUCCCUGAAUAUGGCACUACCUACGGAGAUGGCGUGGUGGAGACCUACAUUGCCAUACCCGAACACCCUCAGCCGUUCGCAGUACGUCUGAGAUCCAGGAAAUACAUAGCAGAAGGUCUGGCCAUGUUGAUAUUCAUGGAUGGCGAUUAUCAGUGUAAUCGCAACCGUCUUGGCUUGCAGCGCCCAAACCCAGGAGUUCCUCAAAACAUGACAGAAAUUGAUCUCAGAGUGCGUCAGAGGGAGAGAGCACUUGGAUAUGGACACUAUCUUGGUAGAGAAUGGCGUUUUGACAAGCACAACAUCCUGCCUCUUGACAAGGUUCCUCCCAACAUGGACCGCCAGCAUUUUGAAGCUCUUGGGACAAUCGAUGUAUUUGUUCUGAGGUGCCGAUCAAAGGAAGAUAUCGAGCCUAGUUUGAACGCAUCAUCAGAUGUUGAUGAUUCUGUUUUACAGACCUCGGAACCAAGCAGCAGCGAGACGCUGACCGAAGAACCUGCGCCACCAAGUGAUACUGAAAACGCUCAAGUGGCUGAACCCGAGGCUGACCUGUUCCUUGGUUUUAUGAACGAUGGUGCCGCGGAUAUCCACCAAUUUGGAUUGGAUGGCGAGGGACCUGGGCCCGCAGAACAAAAGGCUUGGUCUUGGAAUGCACCUUACCCACUGCCAGUAGCCCCUGGGCCAUCGAGUGGUUAUGCCCAUACCCAGCCGCCACCAGCACAAACUCAGCCGUAUAUUGGCUACGCCUAUCCUCCUGGCUUCUCCCAGCCUUGGCAACCUGGGCCUGCCAUCACCCAGGAUCAGUCAAACGCUCAACGUCCACAGCGGCAUGUUCAUUUCAACGAUCAACUUCCACAACAGCCUUCUGGUUACGGUGCACCGGGUCCACCAUAUGGUCCACAAAGCUUCAGCGCAAAUGCUGGUCAAUCACAGGGAAAAGAGCAUCCUCCACAACCACAAAGUCACGGACAGACACAGCAAACUGAAUCUCACCAAGUACCAGGACAUGCUCCAGGGCAUAAUAAUUAUGCCAACCCUUCCUUGGCUCAUGCUGGAAUGCUAAGUUCACAUGGACAAGUUGGAGGUUACUCACUAGCUCCAGAUCCGAGCUAUCCACCUCCAAUGUCGAAUUAUCCAAGUACGAUCCCUAGCUAUCAGCCUAUUGGUUAUGGCGCCCCUGCUUAUUCCGGCUGGUCCACAUCAGCGGGUUAUCUACCGUACGGUCAACCAAACUGGCAAGGACAACAUGUGCCGGGCUCAAGCUACUUGACGCCACCAAACUAUGCGGCACCCUACCAAACUUCUCACCAAUAUCCACAUCCUCAAUUUGCUUAUCCAGUUGGUCCAGCCGCCCAGGUACCUCUCUCUACCACUAGCCAUCCAGGCGGUGGUGUUUGGGGUCCGCCUCCUUCAAAACCAGGAUCUCAAGACCCCACGCAAGAUGGAACAAACCAGUUGGAUGGUCAAGAAACCACCGGCAACGCUGGUGGUCAACCAAACGACAACAACAGCCAAGGAUGUGGCGGUAACGACACCAAUCAAGCUCAAGCUGGUGACUCGAGCUGGAACAACAACGAUACCGGUGGAGGGCAAACGGACAAUUGGAACACUACUGCUACCCAAACUGAAGCUCCGACGAAUGAUUGGAAUCAAUCAUCAAACAACACGGGUCAAGCGAACAAUCCUGACUCUUCCUGGAAUGAAAACCCCAAUUAUACCCACCAAGUUCAAGACUCUUGGAACAACAACGCAAAUAGCACACAGAACCAAGAUUGGAACGCAAAUAACACUCAGAACCAAGACUGGAAUACCAACGCCAACACGUGCACCCAAGCCCCAGAACCAUGGGACACUGCCCCUGCGACAGCUCAGGCGAAUCAAACAAGUCCCACAACCGCACAGCAUGGUACAGCAGCAACGCCAGCACAGUUCAGACCCUUGAACGGGCCUCAUGGUCGAUACUAUGGUGAACCCCAUAAAUUCAUUGAUGAGGAUUUGCGACCCGAUGCGGGCGAAGAACCUCCAUAUGAUGUGCCAGAAGACAUACCAACUACACAUCAAGUCAAACCUGGACCAGCAUUCAAUUAUGUGCAUAAACGAAGAUCUCCCGAGUACCUGGACACAGUUGAAGAACCCUAUGCGCGAUUCAUUUUUAAGUAUCGCACCAAAGAGGCUGAUGAUACUUGGGAUGUAGAACAAAUUGAGAGAGCGAUUGGUAUCAAAAUUGAAGAUGAGCCCACGGGAGAUGAGGAGAAGAGAAAGCUACAGGAGAUGGACAAAAAUGAGAUAAUUGACAUGCUGCUUAGGGCAAAGUAUGAAUCAUCCUUCCCAGAUAUCUCGGUUCUUGGCAUUCGGCAAUCUGACUAUCCGUCUCUCUUAGCCAACCAGAAGUAUGAGGAGGGGGGUGAGGUUAAUGUUGAACUUGAAGCUGAAGCAAAGGAAUAA